AUGGUGCUCUCACGCCUCUCGUUCUUCCACGCGGUGCUGCACGCACAGCUGCUCCCGGGCCUGUACGCGCAGGACUUGCUCGCGCUGCUUCUCACGCUGCCUGUCCAGUUUGGGAUUGGGUGGCGUUUCUUCCGCAGUGCGUACAAGGCGUUCCAGCACGGCACCGCAACGAUGGACACGCUUGUGGUCCUCGGCACGAUGGCGUCGUGGACGUUCAGUGUGGUGUCCAUGCUGCUCGCACUGCACUGCAGUACGCGCGACACAUGCAAGCCGCCCAAGACGUUCUUUGAGACGUCGACGAUGCUAAUUACCUUUGUCACGCUCGGGCGGUACCUUGAGAAUGCGGCGAAAGGGCGCACGAGCGAGGCGCUCACGCGGCUCAUGCGCAUGACGCCGCAAAAAGCCACCAUCUACGAGGACGACGCUUGCACGGUCGAGCGUGUCGUGCCCGUUGAGCUGCUCCAAGUGGGCGACACGGUCAAGCUCGUGCCUGGCGAGCGCAUAGCCGCCGAUGGAGUCGUAAAGCACGGCGAGAGUGCCGUGGACGAGAGCCUGAUCACCGGCGAGUACGUGCCAGUGCGCAAGACGCCCGGCAGCCAGCUCAUUGGUGGCACGGUCAACGGCACGGGCACACUCGACUUUGUCGUGACGCGCGCCGGCAAAGACACGGCGCUGAGCCAGAUCGUCACUCUCGUGCAGGACGCGCAGACGAGCAAGGCGCCGAUCCAGGCGUACGCGGACCGCGUUGCCGGCGUAUUUGUCCCGUGCAUCCUCGUGCUGAGUUUGUGCACCCUCCUCGUGUGGCUGACGGUCGCCUACGUAUUCCCCCCGACAUGGCAGCCGCACAUGCUGCGCAGCGCGCAAGGCAAGUUCAUGGAGUGCAUGAAGCUGUGCAUUAGCGUGAUUGUCGUUGCAUGUCCCUGCGCCUUGGGGCUCAGCACACCGACGGCCGUGAUGGUCGGCACCGGCGUCGGCGCCUCGAACGGCAUCUUAAUCAAGUCGGGCAGCUCCCUCGAGGCGGCAUGCAGCAUCGCGCACGUCGUCUUUGACAAGACAGGUACCCUCACGCGUGGUGAGCUGCGCGUCGUAGACCGCUGGGACGCCCCGGACGUGCCCGCGGGGCGCACCGCGGCCCUCGUCCACGCCGUGGAGAGCCGCAGCGAGCACGUCCUGGCGCAGGCACUCGUGCAGCACUGCGAGACGUUGGCAGGCAGCUUGCGCGGCACGGUGACGGUGACGGACUUUGAGGCUGUGCAGGGGGCUGGCGUCCGCGCGAGGGGCGUAUGCGAGGGGCACACGUACGCCGUGCACGUUGGGCGCGAGUCACUGCACUCGACGCCGCUCCCGCCCGGUGCGGUAGCAUUUCGCGAGCCGCACGAGGCGCGCGGAUGCACGAUGGUGUAUGCAUGGCUCGACGAUGCGCUUGUGGCGGCCUUUGCCCUCGCCGAUACCAUCAAGCCGGACGCGGCGCGCGCGGUGGAGCUCCUGCAUCGGAUGGGCAUGACCUGCAGUAUUAUGACGGGCGACACAGUAAGCACGGCGCGCGCGGUCGCCAAGGAGGUCGGUAUUCCCCUCGCGCACGUCCAGGCGGGUCUGAGUCCCAAUGGCAAGCUCGUGCUGCUGCACCAGGAGCAUGUGGCCCCGCGCGAGCCGCCAGCGACGCGGUGGGCGGCGCUGUGGGCGGCGCUUGUGCCUGAGGCGCCGACAGGCGUGGCGAUGGUCGGCGAUGGCGUGAACGACUCGCCGGCGCUGGCGGCCGCCGAUGUGGGCAUUGCGCUGAGCUCCGGCUCGGACAUUGCGAUGAGCGCGGCGUCCAUUGUGCUUAUGCGCAACCAGCUGAUGGAUGUGCCGAUCGCCUUUUUGCUGUGCCAGCGGAUCUUCCAACAAAUCCGUCUGAACUAUGUGUGGGCUACGAUGUACAAUGUGGUAAUGAUUCCGAUUGCGAUGGGUGUCUUCUUGCCGUGGGGCAUCCACAUGCAUCCCAUGAUGGCCGUGUGGUGCUGA